CACCGCUGCUCACAGUCUUUGCAUUUUCCCACCUAAAACCCUCCGUCUCCCUUCCUAUGGCGGUGAAAGCAGAGGGAGAGCAGUGAGCAGUAAGCCCAAACCCCUUUGUUUGAAUACUGCCCAGUUGGGUCAUUCCAUUUCAAGAAAAAGACAUGCCCACUUUUGCUACUGUCCCGUUGGAAAAUUUGCUGGAGCCCGGAGCUCGAGGUUCCCUCAAAAAGCCCCUGUUGAGAACACGCCAGGGAGACCCAAAACCGGACCCCGACCAGAGAAAUGGGGGGCCGAGACACUUGUACAUAUCUCCGGCUUUGUAUGUCACUCCGGUGCAGGCUCCUAUACCGGAGUAUUGUUCCACCGACCCGCUUUCGCCUUCUCCUUACGUCGUCAACCACAAGCGCCGUCGUGGUGGACAUGAAACGAGGAGAGUUGGUGCGGAUGAAGUUCAGGAGUUGCAGGAGGCCGGUGGGUUCAGUUUGGAGGUGGAGGUGGAGGAGGAGGUGGGGGACAAUUUUGUGAAUGAGGACUUAAAUGCGAAUGAUGAUGUUGAUGACGGCGACGAUGAUGAUGAGGUGUUUCGUGAUCCAAGGAGUGAAGCCAUGGGCGUGGGAACUGAAGGGGAGGCGAAUGAUUUCGGUGUUGGAAGGCGAAUCGAGAGCUGCAGCUUUGUUUCUGCUCCGGGGGAGUUUUUUGAUGCAGAUGAUGGCUUCUCCUCAGAUGGGUCCUUUUCAAAUAUACCUUCCUGUGGUUCUAGAGUUGAAUCAGAAUUGCGCACCACAAGACUCAGUAUUCUUGUGGAAAUUGAAAGGAGAAAGACUGUAGAAGACAAUCUUAUUUUGAUCCGCAGUCAGUGGGAGAGGAUCAGUUACCUUAUGUCUCAGGCUGGGCUAAAAUUUCCUGCACCCCCAACUGCUAGUGAUAACAUGCAGCUCGAUGACAAUUCAAUUGAUCAGUUUUCGCAGGAAGUUGUAGUUGCCAGGUUUGUCGCUGAAGCAAUUGGAAGGGGUCAAGCACGUGCUGAAGCUGAAGAAGCUGCUGCCACGAUCAUUGAUUCAAAAGACCAGGAAAUAUUACGAUUACGGGAUAGACUGCAGUACUAUGAAACUGUUAAUCAUGAAUUGUCACAGAGGAAGCUUGUGGAGGUUGUACGUAGGCAACAAGAACGGAAGAAGAGUCGCCGGAGGUGGAUAUGGAGUUUGAUGGGAUUGUCCAUUGCCAUAGGGGCUUCAUUCGUUGCAUAUUCAUGCAUUCCACUCACAAGUAAAUAUCUAUCAUCGCUAAAGUCUGGCGACCUAACCGAUAACCCUAGUGUCAGCCCUUCCACCACCUCUUAGCCUAAUUUGUAUCUCUACUUUUAAAUUCACCCUUUAUGUUCUAAAGUCGUUUAGCUAGGGCGUAGGCAGAUUACAUCCUGUGACUAUUUUAUCAAUCUAAUAGAACAGCGUUUGCGUAA